AAUCUUUCCCCAGGCUGUCUCUGAUCUUCCACAGGUCAAAGUUGCAGACCGACCAUCCAGCGCAGAUCGUCAACUGGUGCUCUCUAAGCACCACCUCGGCGCGCGUCAUAACCAUCCAACGCGUCCUGAGACAGUUCACCGAUAUCACAACAAAAACAACAACAAGUAUUGUAUACAAUAAUGUCUGCUCAGCAUAGCCUACCUGGAAGCCCCUCGCGUCGCGUUCUAGGCGAUUUGAUUCCCAGAGCUAUGAAUACACCCUCGAAAGCUAAGAACCUCGAGUCGUCCGGACUCACUCGGGCGCAAAGCCCUUUGAAGCAACUCCGAGCCACCAGCCACACUCCGCAGAUCUUCGCCAACAAAGAGAACGCCAGCAGCACCGACGCGUUCCCUCAGGGGCGGAAAAGAAGCAUUGCCGAAGUAGACGACGCGGAGAAGGUCCCCACUGCGAAAAUGGUCGCUUUCGAGCGCGAUGGCCCCCAAGACGCGAUAGCUCAGCUGACGAGCGCUGCCGUGCAACGUCACACCUCCAACAACCCCGUAGGCCUUGCCGACCCAGGAUCUCCCACUGAACGCGCAACUCCCACACCCUCCCCCUCCUCCCCCUCACCACAACCGCAGUCCUUUCCAGACCCGCGAUCGCAAAUCUUCGCGGAUCCGCACUCGCUCACCUUCGCCGACUCGCACUCGCAGCCGUUCCCGGACUCGCAAAAAUCCUUCUCCGAGUUCCUCGACUACGGCCUCUGCGCCUCGCAGCAAAGCGAACACGGCAUCGCCGUCGCCGCGUCCAAACCCGCGCCCAAGACCCCGACCAGCGCGCCCGCGCCAAAGUCGCGCGCCCAGCUCCUGCGCACCCGCCUGACCUUCGCCAAGUACAAGGUGCGCACAAACCAGGUCUCGAAGCCGACGCGCGACGUGCUGUCCGACUACAACCUGUCCUCGUCGCCCGACGCGCUGCGCACACACGGCUACAUGACGUCCGGCGAGCAGCUGGGCGCCGCCGACGCGCCCGCGCCCGCGCCGCGCGUGCCCCAUAUUACGAUUUCGUCGCCGGCGCGCCCCGUGUUCGUCAAGGCGAAUCUCGAUCCGUUCCGGCCGAUUGGCGCGCUGGGGCAGCCGCCGGUGAGCUUCGCGCCGCCGGUGGACCGCAGCGGGGUCGAGUCGCGGGUCGUCGAGGGCUACGAUGUGGGCAGCUCGCCGCCGGUGCAGAGCGUGAGUCCUUCGGAGUUGAUGGGGUCGGCGCGGGGCGGCGAGAGUAAGCAUGCACGGCUGCAGCGGCUGAAGGAGCAGCAGUGGCGGGAGACCAGUGGGACGCAGGGGCGGGAAAGCAGUGGUGCGCAGGGCAAUGCGGGGACUGCGGGGAGUGCAGGGAGCGCAGGCAGUGCUGCGAAAGGGUUGAUGGAACUGAUGAGUGGGAGACGGUAAGGAAAUAUCAAGAGAUUAGUCGGUUAGAAAUGCAUCCUUAUGACUUAGACAGUCAACACGGUUUCAC